GUGCCAAGACUGGUGUCGACACAAAAUUUUUUAGCUGUUUUAAGCCCGUUCCCCCGUCUCGCCUGCUUUAAAUCUGAUGUUUCUCAUAAAGAUCUAUGUACACACAGUAUCAGUGGGUUUGAAUGAGGAAACCGCGUGGUCUCUCUGUUGAUCUGUGACACUUCCCCGUUUUAUCUUUUCGCACAGUGUCUGAGCAGCUCAUGAGAGACACACAGCCGCCGCUUAUCACGAGGGAAAUACGCUGCAGUACAAUGCCACGUUCAUUCUUGGUGAAGAGAGGAGGUCUCCGUCCGAUCAGUCCCACGGCCAGAGCAGGACUGAAGCCAAAGAACCAGAGAGGAGGCUGGGACCCACCUACAGACAGCAAAGACACCGCAGACAACAACACAAAGCUCCUCACAUCAAUACAGCAUUUUAUUCCAUCUGACAAAACUUACAAAACUGCGAAGUUACCGGUGAUUCUGCCCACAUGUGAAGAGAGACUGCAGGGUGGACUGGAGGAGAUGAGGAGUCAAAGUUACCUUAAGAACACAAGACUUCAGUGUCCCAUCUGUGAUAAAGCAUUUUCUUGUAACUCCGGUUUGAGCGUUCACAUGUGCAAGUCUCACCAGAACAGAACACUAACUGAAAUUAACUCCAGUCGAUCGGAGAGUGAGCGAUCUCUGUCUAGAAAAAAGGACCGUGCAUUUCCUUGUAGUGUGUGUGGGAAGUCCUUUAAGCGUUCCUCGACCCUGUCCACCCACCUGCUCAUUCACUCCGACACACGCCCAUUUGCCUGUCAGUAUUGUGGUAAAAGGUUCCACCAGAAAUCCGACAUGAAGAAGCACACUUUCAUACACACAGGAGAGAAGCCCCACAUGUGUCAGAUCUGUGGGAAGAGCUUCAGUCAGAGCUCCAAUCUCAUCACCCACUGUCGAAAGCACAACGAGGCCCGGACCUUCCACUGCCCUCUCUGUCUCCACGGCUUCACCAGCAAAUUGGACCUGAGGCGCCACCAGGACUGUUACUGCAGCCAAACAUGAAUGAUUCUACACCCCAACCACCUACUAACCCAGCCACGAUAAUGUCCUCAUGACUAGACAAUACAACACACACACACACACAGCUAUUGUUAUUUCUUUAAUUUUAUGUUUUAAUAUAAUGAACAGUAUAAAACAAAUUCAUAACUUCAGAUGUAUACUAUUCUAAAUAUUGCUUUACUUUUGGCUAUAAUGUUGAACCAGAUUGACCAUUAACUUAACCAAAAAGAUUGACUUUGUACCACUGAGCCCUGGCCACAACAUCAUUGGAGUAGUCUUUGCCUGUUGUUCUUGCGUCCACACUCUCAUAGCUAUGGACAUUUCCGUCCCCCAUGUUGUAAGCAGCAAUUGCUCCUGUACACACAUGAAUUUCAUUGAAUUGUAAUGGAAUCUUUAUGUUUUGUACUUUUUGACUUCAACAUACCUUUCAGCUGCUGCGCUUCCGUCCAGCUUCCAAAUUUGUUACGAAUCCGACCAAUAAAAUAAAGCAGUCUCUCUGUGCCGUGA